AUGCUUACUAUAAGAGAAUGGCUAGCUUUUCGAAUCCAAACUCGGUCUCAAGAAGGAAGAACUCUUUUAUCAUCAAGAAGGUUGUUUCAACAAUUUAUGGUGUAUGGUUACACAAUGCUUGAAGGAGAGAUGUUGAAAUGGCUCAGAAAUAAUCAGUCUAAACUUAGAGUGUCUAAGUAUAACAAUCUAAACCAAGAUGGAGAUGAAAGUCAAACUGAAGGUUCACCGACUAGAAAAAGAGUAAUUUUACCUUCAUCAUAUGUUGUUAGUAGGAGAUUUAUGCAUCAGUUGUACUAUGAUGGAAUGGAUAUAUGUAGUAAAGUGGGAUUUCCAGACCUAUUUAUUACUUUCACUUGCAACCCCAAUUGGCCGAAAAUUCAAAGAGCUUUAACUCCUAUAAACCUGAAGGCACAUGAUAGACCUGACAUUAUUGUUAAGGUAUUUAAAAUGAAGUUUGAUAGCCUUUUGUCAGACGUCACAAAAAAAGACAUGUACAUAAUCGAGUUCCAAAAGAGAGGCUUGCCACAUGCCCAUGUUCUUAUAUUCUUGCAUCCAUCUAAUAAAUAUCCAGAACCAAGUGAUAUCGAUAAAAUAAUUUCAGAUGAGGUUCCAGAUCCUGUGAAACAACCAAGGUUAUAUAAUCUGGUGAAGGCGCACAUGGUGCAUGGUUCUUGCGGGUUGGCAAAUCCAAAAUGUCCAUGCAUGAAGAAUGGAAAGUGUAGAAAUUUUUAUCCAAAGAAGUUCUAA